AAAAUUUUCUUUCAACCCUUAUAUUUUCUUUCUCGAAACUGACUUUUAAUGAAAAACUAAUAAGCUCAAAAGCUGCCGAAUGACAUGCGCUAAGGUUUGAAUUUGACUCUGUGUAACGCUUCAGCGGAACUGUAGAACUGCGUUUCUGGCUAUCUCAUUCUGUGCAUCUGUGGGAGACAGUGGUGACGUGGUGGGUUCUGCAGUGGUGGGUUCUUAACUUUUCCCAUAGACUUCGUAUGUCAAGCCUUUUCGAAAUUUUCUUUUUAGUCUUGAAUAGUUUGGAAAACUAACCCGUUUCUGCAAAUCUAUGAUCUCAGCGCUAUUUUGCUAUUGAAUGAUCUAUAGACAUCAAAGUUUAGUUCAGUGAAUCGUUUGCAAAAGGGAGAUACGAAUGGAAUUUUGCUAAGGCUUACGCUAUGAAUGUAUAGAGAUAGAGAAGAUAACCUAGAAUGCGGUGCAUUGCGUGCACGGUACAGGGCUACAGACUAUAACACAGUGUAGAAAUUAAUUUUAAAUUUUUUUGCCACGCCCUGUUGACCAUGGCACAUCAAAUAAUUUUUUAAGGAUCCUAGAUAGUUGUUCAACCUUUCUGCAAAAAAAAAUUUUUUUUGAAUUUAUAGCCGCGGAAUGUGCCUUGGCGAGAAAAUCGCUGGAAUUUUGCCCAAAAACUGCAAAACUGGUUAACAUUAAUUUUUAAUCAGUACUCCCCUUUAAAGGCUUUACCUGCCCACUUUUGAAAAAAUUCCGAGGGGGUGGCACGUGCCCCGUUAAAAUUCGCCAUGGAGUACAAUAAACAAUAAACCGUUGCUCUAGAGUAGGUGACUUAAUCAUUAAUGAUGUUAUUAGCCCUCCAUUCUUAAAUUUACUUUACAAGUUAGGCAUGCGUCGCAUGACCGCAUGACAGGUACUUACAGUCACGCAGAGGGUGCGUGUGUGGGUGUGAGUGCCAGUAACUCGUGCAUGACUCAGCCAGAUGGCGCUAGUGUAUAUGACACAACACCCUACGUAGACGGCUUCGAAAUCUACGUACAGUGAUCCUCUGCAGCCGAAAUGUAACGCGAUCCGACGGGAGUGAUCAGUACACUAAGUACUUGUAUGUUGGAUAAUGGAUUCAAAGCCUGUCUUCCUAUUCCUGCAUUGUGUUAUAGAUCCGACGGGAUAUGAUAAACCUGUACGCCCUCAAAACGAUCGCGGCGUACCUUGCAAAUGAUUUUGUGGCACCUACUAAUGCAGCAUAAAGUGAAAGUCCUGGAUCUACAUUUCUCCACUAUAUUUCUUAUCGGUCAGCAAAAGGCCAUGGAAAAAAUAAUUAGCUUGUGGAACUGGAAAGGUGUUACAGCGUGUUCUUCGAGGCCGCCGACAGGAAUGUGCUCGUGACAUAGGCUUAAUCGCAAUUUCGCUGCUCUGGAUGCAGACAAAGAAACAAUCCCUAAUUUAAUUUACGGUUCCUAAUGUUGUAAUUGUUGUUUAUAGCAUUUUGGUGACGCUGUCAACAGUACGCAGGCUAAUUUAACUAGGUUAUCCUAAUUGCAGUUGCUUAUCACGUGGGAAUUGAUUGAUGCCAGUUGGGACCGCCGGAUGAAUGGAACGUAGUUUGAUCCCGGUUGCUUGUGUGCUCAUAUCCGCACACGUAGAUCGAGUACUCGCUGCAGCAGCAACAUGUGUGGUUGAUGAGUGAAAUAAGUCAGCGUAGUGUAGUGGCUCUCGUGGCGUGGCUUCAGCGUUUCGUCAAAGGUUUUUUACAACUUAAAUAACUAAAACACGGCUUAAUCGAUUUGAAAAUUUUCAAGUACUCCGUAAAGAGCAAGUUGUGCUGAACAUGCUGUACCAAAAAACUGGAAGAAAAUCGGUUCUGGGACAAAGUAACUGAUGCCUGGCCACUUGAAGCUGGAAGGAUACAGCGAUACUGGGAGUGCAGCCAUGACCUUACUUCUGGUCUUUCUGGAUGACUUGGAUUUCGACUAGCUGCAGACCGUUAACCGCGUUUUACGGCCGAUUUUCUUCUUUUCCUAAAACGUCUUCGUUUUUUUCGUGCAGGAGAUGGCCAUGUUUCUGGCUAUCAUUAACGAGACAUAUACGGCUGUCAAAGAUCUGGCUACGAGUAGGAAGAGUUCUGAUAUUGGCGAAUAAAUCAAGGAAGGAUUCGUGUGAAUUUCGCUCAAGUUUAAUUGGAAAUCAAUGGGGAAAAAAAACAAGAACUCUUAAGUCCACGAUAAAGUCUUAGAACAGAGCGCCCUGGAUGACUGGCAUGCUGGCAGGACGACCUGAAGGAUUUAUCGCAGAAAUCAAGACCGUCCUUGGCAACAGUGCGCUACUUCCGGGCCAGCACAACGGUCUACGUGGCCAAGCCUAAGUGUCGCGUCAACCGUGGAAGUGCGAGGAUGGUUGCAACUCUUGGCCCAACCUUACCCGAUCCGAUAGCCCCUCCCAGGCUAUGCCGAGUCAGAUACUCGGCACUCUACGUCACGGCCCGUGCACCUCAAAACGAGAUCCAACAACAAGGCGAUCAGUCCGGCGACAAAUGGUACAGAUUACUACAAGUUAUAAAAGAACGACGGUUGAAAACGUGCAUAACGUUUGACGCAACUGGAUUUUCUCGGGAAUCGCGCUUUAUAAGAGUAAAUGGAAAUUGUAGGACGACCGGUUUCCAAAUAGUCCGUCCAACCGAUCGAAUGGACGGAUUUUAUUACGAUGUACCAAACAGAGCUCGCAAGAGCCCUACACAACAAUGGAAGGACGCCGACGCGCUGAUCGCUCUGACGACUCCGAUCGACGUAACCGCAGACACCCAUAUUCACGACCGGAAUCCCGGUCGGGCGGAUCUUCAACUCGGUCGUCCAACCGGCCUCCGAGUGUACAGUUCACGGGCCGACACACCGCUACCGCGGGCCCAGCCUCUGCCACCUCGAGCCAUCCCGCCGCAAUAUUGGCCGCCAGGGACAUUCUCUGACGACACCGGACUCCUGGUGAACGCAGCAGCAGGUGGCAGCCAGCCAAGCUCAUCGUCGGGCCAAAGGUCCGACAUCAUCCUCACGGCCGUACCGACCCACCUCAACCAAUUCUGUAUGGUAGCCUACCGACCACUUCGGCGAGUCAGCCGAUUUUCACAACAGUGGCAGUCGGGCCAACGGUCACGACUACGCCGGUCCAUACUGGACUGCGGCCACACUAUACUCCACCGCCAUACUACAAUCCACAUUAUGGAUAUCCAUUAUGGAUAUACCGUAUCCUGCGUCUGGCCCUUCGAACCAGCCGCAGCCGGACUAGAACCAAUGGCGAUACCCACCACCGUGGAUGUAUGCGCCAGGACCAUAUGGAUAUCCACCGCCUUAUGGCGGUUAUGGAGCAUACGGCCAACCGCCGUAUAGCCCUCCUUCAGCGGCACAACCUGACCCUAUGGGCUAGGCGCCGUCUGACUCGUCCAUUGAACCUCCACGAGCGGGACCGGAAGCGUACCGAACUCCAGCGCCGCCGGAACCCCAGCCAAGCACAUCACGGCUCGACGAGACACGUGAUUACCCAUUACGGGUAUUCGUGGAUGGACGAUUGAUAGUCUAUAACCGAUUUCAAGCGAAUGCCAUCAUUCUCAUGAUUCGGGUCGAGUGAGCCAGAAAAAUGGAGAUUUUUAUUUUCGGUUUGUUCAGUUUUUCUGGCGCCCAGAUCACAAGCAGUCCAGACGUCACGGCGUUCAAGAAUUAGAUGUACAUUGACCAGUUCUGGCCAGCCUGUGAACUGAGCUUUGAGGAAGCCAGGAAUAAGUACAAUGUCAUCUUCGACGCACAGUAUUACAUCUACCGAACGUGUCAGGUGAUGGUGGCCUGGUUUCGGCGCACGUCAUGACGGUCAUUGUCCGCAACCGGUCGCGGCCGCUGGAUGUCUUCAAUGGGCCACCCUGUGCGCAGGAUAUACUGCAGGCGAGAGUUAUCAGCACGGUGUUUCCGACGAUGGUACUCACUGGUGGAGCGACGCUCACGGAUAAACUUGAGGUGAUUCGAAUGAUACUCGUACCAUCGCCAUGGAAGCUUAUUAGUCUCCGUUCUUUUGGGCGGUCCGCGACGCGAGCAAUACUCCCACAUAUGACGCCUUCCGUGCUGCUCUAAAAGAACGCUCGCUCGAGUGACCAUAUCAAUACGAUAUUAAUUAUAUCCUUUUUCUUUGUUUUUUGCUUUUUUUGUAACCGGCGUCUUGGCGGUUUCCUUAAUUUUUGCGUGCCUGUUGUGUACAUUUCGCAGUGACCUUUCACGACUGUAUUGUGGCUUUGGCUGCCGGACUGCGCAACGCUCACGAUGCCGGUGUCGAUUUUCGUUUCAACUGCACUGCAGUGUUGCAGAAAUUUGUAAAAAAACACAUCCAUCACAGG